CUGCCCUCCCUCCUUCUCUCUCGCUCUCUCUCUGUUUCUCUCUCUCUCUCUCAGUCUGUGUAGGCUGCACAUUAUGAACAGUCACACUCUACCAUCCUCUCUCUGCAGUAACCACUGCAAACCGUCUACCCUGAGAAACAGAGGGGGAGGAAAAACGAUAGAGAGAUACAUGGAUGAAUGAAGACAGGAGGAACAGAGGACAAAAUAAAAGGAGGACGGGGAAAAAAACUAUAGAGGGAAUUAUCACAGUGUUUUUCCUUCUCUCAUUGGUUCUCUUCCUCUCCUUUCAUCCCUCUCUCUCUUUUUCAUCUUUUUUCAUUCAAUACCUGUACGCAGGGAUUAAAAUGACUUAAAAUGCAAUCUACGGACGGAGAGAUCUGGACGGAGGUAGAAAUGGGAAAGGGGAUGAGGAAAGAGAGAGGGUUUGUCCUCUGAAGAGAUUUUGUGUUGUACAGCUGGCGAGAGAACGAGGGAACGAGAGAGAGAGAGAGACAGCGGCAGGGAGAGAGAGGUGAAGAAGUGUACUCUAGAGAGAGAGAGAAGGAGAGAGAGAGAGUUGCCUGUUUUUUCCUGAGGAGCAGCACAUUGGACGGAUCAGGAUAAAGAGAAGAUCGGACAUUCCGUGAUUCCGUGAUUCCGUACAUGACUAGGUAAACAGCAUCAACAACAACAAGGACAACCUCCCUCUCGUCCCUCAACACCUCCAUCCACGUUCCUUAUUGUUCAGCCCUUGUCCCGGGUUGUUUGACCCACCAAGGGGACAGGGAAGCUAAACCCGUGCUGUUUGACCCACCAAGGGAACAGGGAAGCUUAACCCGGGCUGUUUGACCCACCAAGGGAACAGGGAAGCUAAACCCGGGCUGUUUGACCCACCAAGGGGACAGGGAAGCUAAACCCGUGCUGUUUGACCCACCAAGGGAACAGGGAAGCUAAACCCGGGCUGUUUGAUCCACCAAGGGAACAGGGAAGCUAAACCCGGGCUGUUUGACCCACCAAGGGGACAGGGAAGCUAAACCCGUGCUGUUUGACCCACCAAGGGAACAGGGAAGCUAAACCCGGGUUGUUUGACCCACCAAGGGAACAGGGAAGCUAAACCCGGGCUGUUUGACCCACCAAGGGGACAGGGAAGCUUAACCCGGGUUGUUUCAUCCACCAAGGGGACAGGGAAGCUUAACCCGGGUUGUUUCAUCCACCAAGGGGACAGGGAAGCUUAACCCGGGCUGUUUGAUCCACCAAGGGAACAGGGAAGCUAAACCCGGGUUGUUUCAUCCACCAAGGGGACAGGGAAGCUUUGGGAAAGAAAGAACAUAUUCUGUUACAUUCCCACGAUGCUCGGAAUAAUAUUUGUGAUGCGGAACGCGUGGAAUGAUUCCCUGAAUAGAGGGAAGCUGACAUAACAGAGGGAUAGAGGGAGGAUACGACUGAAGGAAAGGAAGAGAGAGACAUAUGAGCAAUCUACGGUGGAACAGGGAGGGAGAGAGAGGGAGGAGGAGAGGAUCUGCCUGUUCAUGAUCUUCAUUCCCUUGACAUCAAUAUUAUGAUAUAUUCAUACGAGAAUUCCCAGAAUUCCCAAACAGGAAAUGGCGAUGGAGAAUUAUGGAAAAGCAAACAAAUUUAAUUUCUUCAGAUUUUUGUGUGGUUUUUGGGGGGAUUUUCCAGAUUCUCUUUGGGGAAUAAUGUGAAUGAGAUUGAGUGAAAAUUCUCUUUCUCUCCCUGGAACUAAACAAAUAAAAGGGAUCGUGGAGUGUGUGACUCAGCGACCCAAAUCCGCCUCUUUGAUGUGUGUGUGUCGGAAGGGAGUCACACACACACACACACACACACAAACCAGGAUACACACCUGGGGCGGAAUCAGGCACACACACACCUGGUUGGAGGAUAGGUGUGACACAGACAGAAAAGGUCUGCGGAUAAUUCUCAAUAUUACCAUGCCAGACCCCCCACCCCACCACCCCACCCGAAGACGACACCCAUCACCCCACACACACCUACACCCACAGAGAAGGACAGAACAUUCCAUCCUCUCCUCCGUCUCUCCUUCAAUCACACUUCAGAAUGACAGUGAAAGACUUCCCCAAUCCCUUCCUCGAUCAUUCUCCUCGCAUCUCAUUCUGUGUUCCCCGGAAACCCCUCCCAACCCUACCCUUCCCUCACAUCUCAUUCGCUGUGUUUGCCCAUCUCCUGCUUUUCCGGCCCUCCAUUGGCUGACACUGGUCACAUGCUGCUGCCUGUUGCCCUCUCUGAUUGGUGCAGGGGAGAUGUGGGACGUGGUUGCGGUGUGUCCAUUCCACUGCGUCUGUCGGAACCUGUCAGACUCUCUGAGCACGCUCUGUGCAGAUAAAGGCCUCCUAUUCGUUCCACCGAAUGUCGAUCGGCGAACUGUCGAGCUCCGAUUGGCUGAUAACUACAUCACGGAAGUAGGUGGGUCGGACUUUGCCAACAUGACCGGAUUGGUUGAUUUGACUCUGUCCCGGAACACUAUCCACUCCAUCCGACCAAUGGCGUUCUCCGAUCUCGAGAGUUUGCGAAGUUUGCAUUUGGACGGUAACCGCUUGACGACGCUGGGGCCGAGAGACCUUGUGGGAAUGGUUAAUCUACAGCACCUCAUUGUCAACGGUAACCAGCUGACGAGGGUGUCGGCAGAAGCAUUCGAUGAUUUCCUGCUGACGCUGGAGGACCUGGAUAUCUCAUACAACAACCUCCGAAGGGUCCCGUGGGAGUCGAUCCAGAACAUGGCCAGUCUACACACCCUGAACCUGGAUCAUAAUCUGAUAGACCACAUCGCAGAGGGAUCCUUUGGAGAACUGUACAAGCUGGCUCGCCUGGAUAUGACCUCCAAUAGGCUGAGGACCCUGCCACCUGAUCCCCUGUUUGCAAGGUCUCAGACGGGAGCCCUCAGUCCCACUCCCUACAACAGCGUCAUCAGCCUGAACUUCGGAGGGAACCCGCUACACUGUAACUGUGAGUUGCUAUGGUUACGGCGGCUGGUCCGAGAGGACGACAUGGAGACGUGCGCCACGCCCCCUCAGCUGGCCGGCAGGUAUUUCUGGUCCAUCCCUGAGGAGGAGUUCACCUGUGAACCGCCCCUCAUCACCAGACACAGCCACAAGCUCUGGGUCCUGGAAGGUCAAAGGGCAACCUUGAAAUGCAGAGCCAUCGGCGACCCCGAACCCGUCAUCCAUUUUGUCUCACCCGGCGAUCGGAUCGUGGCGAACUCCAGCCGCGCGACAUCGUACCGGAACGGAACAUUGGAUCUCUUAGUUACGGUUGCUAGGGACGACGGAGCGUACACGUGCAUAGCGAUAAACGCAGCGGGGGAAGCUACCGCGACGGUGGAUCUAAAGAUCGUUCCGUUGCCGCACCGGAACGGGAAUGUGACGGUUACCGGGAACACUGGGAAUUCUAACGGGAAUAUUCCGGGUUCUUCAGACAUCACCACCGGGAAAAGUGGGAAUUCCGGAGUUAAUGGUGUAAAUGUGAGAGAAACAGAGGAAGGGAAAGGAGAAGAGGGAGAGGGGGGUGAGGAGGAGGAGGAGGAGGAGGAGGAGGAGGAGGACGGAGGGACUAGGGUGGAGGAAGGAGAGAGGAUUGUAGGGAUACAAGGAGUCACUUCUACCUCAGCCCAGGUGAGAUGGGACCUCGGCCGAUCGGCUGGAGUUUACCUGGUGUGGAUGUUUCAGAUACAGUACAACUGCACAGCCGACGAGGCGCUGGUGUACAGGAUCCUCCCGUCUACCAGUAACAGUUUCAUGUUGAAGAACCUGGUUUCUGGAGCAGACUACAACCUGUGUGUCCUGGCCAUCUUUGAUGACAUCGUCACCUCACUGGCCGCAACCAAGGUUCUUGGCUGCGCCCAGUUCAGCACUAAAGAACUCUACCCAGAAUGCAAAUCUCUGCAGGCCCACUUCCUGGGUGGAACCUUGACAAUCCUGGUCGGAGGCAUUAUAGUGGUAACACUGCUGGUGUUCACCGUGGCGCUGAUGGUGCGUCACCGUGUAUGCAGUAACCACGGUGACCAAUGUGACCACGGGGAUGAUGGUGACGAGCCGGCAUGUUGCCAGGGCGGGUCAUUAGGGAGUCCGGUGAAAGGGGCGGCGGCCGGAGGUGGCAGAGGAGUCUACAGCCAAUCGAAUGGCAAUGGGGAUGUGAUGAUGGUGGUUUUGCCCAAUGGGCUGCCUUCGAAGCAGCGAGGUGGCAGGGAGAAGGAGAGAGAAAAGGAGAAAGGAGGGGCUGAUGUACCUCCUAAUUUACCCCCCAAACCAAAACCUAAAGCCCAAACUCUGCCCAGGCCUAUAGUAACCUGGGAGGGCAGGGGAGAGAAGGGGAGAGGACAGGGUGAGAGACAACUUCCUCCAUACACCCUCGAAGCAGAACGGGACUCUGCCUACUAUGCUCCUGUCGUAAGCUUGUCCCCUUCCACGCUCCCCCGCCAAUCACGAGGAGGAACAGGAACGGGGAGGGCUAGGCUCCGCCCAGAUGGAGUAGUAGUGGGCGGGGCCAAACGGGCAAGCUUCGCCCUGGACAUGCCCCUGGGACAGGAUCUCCUCUCUGAUUGGAGGAUGAGACAUGGUGUCAUAGUGGGCGGGGUCGAAGACAAAUGGAAUUCCUCCCAAGCCUAUCAGAGCCCGGGAGCUCCCCUAAGCCCCGGCUCAGUUCGCGCCAAACGUAGCAACUCCCUCGACAUGGGUUCUUCUUCUUUUUCUCCUGUUUCCAUUGCCACGACGACAACGGUUGCCCAGCGACAGUACAGCAGUCGCCGCGGUUACGCCAAGCGGCUGUCAGUCACCUGGACAAGGCGAAGUAAAUCGCUGCAUGGAAUGUUGGUACACUGCGCCUCGGCAACCAGCACCACUUCCUCGACGACCAGCGACGAGGGAAGCAUAAACGGGGAGUUUGCCGUAGUUCAACAUGGUUACGUCCACGCCUACAACAACACUAACUCUAACUCUACGAGUGCUGUUAUCAAGGGCAAUGGGAACGAGAAAGAGAAAGGAGGGAAAGAGAAGACAGCCAGUGAUGAAGGGCUGGAGGAGAGUGUGGUGUAGAGAGGGAAAGAUAGAGAAGGAGGGAGAGAGAGACAGAGAGAGAGACAGAGAGAGAAACAGAGAGAGACAGAGGGAGAGAGACAAAGUGCGAGAGAGAGAGAGAGACAGGGAGAGGGAGACAGAGAGAGAGAGAGAGACAGAGAGAGAGAGAGACAGAGAGAGAGACAGAGGGAGAGAGACAGAGUGCAAGAGAGAGAGAGAGAGACAGGGAGUGGGAGAGGGAGACAGAGAGAGAGAGAGAGACAGAGAGGGAGAGAGACAGAGAGAGAGACAGAGAGAGAGAGAGAGAGAGAGAGAGAGAGAGAGAGGCAGAGAGAGAGAGAGGGAGAGAGACAGAGAGAGAGACAUAGAGAGACAUAGAGAGACAUAGAGAGAGAGAGAGAGAGAGAGAGAGAGAGAGAGAGAGAGAGAGAGAGAGAGAGAGAGAGAGAGAGAGAGAGAGAGAGAGAGAGAGGCAGAGAGACAGAGGGAGAGAGACAGAGGGAGAGAGACAGAGAGAGAGACAGAGAGAGAGACAGAGGGAGAGAGACAGAGGGAGAGAGAGACAGAGGUAGAGAGACAGAGGUAGAGAGAGAGAGGGAGAGAGAGAGAGAGAGAGAGAGAGAGAGAGAGAGAGAGAGAGAGAGAGAGACAGAGAGAGACAGAGAGAGAGAGAAAUAUAGGGACAAAGGGAAGAUAUAGGGCUGAAGAAGAAUAGAGGAGGCCUCUAGACUCUUGACCUGAAUUGGAUUCCGACAGAGGCAGAGAUAUACAGAAAAAAAGAGAAAGAGAGAUAGAGAGGGAGAGAAUAAUCUCUUUAUCUGAGGCUCUGCAUAAAACAUAAACAGCUUAGACAGGUUGAGUUCAGACGAGAGGAGAAAAAGAGAGAAUGUGUUAAACAGAAUGAAGAGAGACAGAAGAAAAGAGGAGGGGUGAAGGGCAGAGAGAGAAAUUAGACUGGAGCAAUCGAGACAGAGAGAGAGGUACAGAGCAAGGGAUAGGGGUAGAGGGAGAGGGACAGAGAGAGAGACAAAAAAGAGGGAGAAUGAGAAAGAGAGAGAGGUACAGAGCAAGGGAUAGAUGUAGAGGGAGAGGGACAGAGAGAGAGACAAAAAGAGGGAGAAUGAGAGAGAGAGAGAGAGAGAGAGAGAGAGAGAGAGAGAGAGAGAGAGAGAGAGAGAGAGAGAGAGAGAGAGAGAGAGAGAGAGAGAGAGAGAGAGAGAGAGUGAGAGAGAGAGAGAGAGAGAGAGAGAGAGAGAGAGAGAGAGAGAAUAGGAAAGGGAAAAUAGGCUCUUGGAGGAGGUCUCCAGGCUCUCUGACCAGGGUUUAAACAGAUUGAAACAACCACAGAGACACACAGAGUUAACAAACAGGGUUUCGCCAGGAGAGGAGCAGGGGGCUCGUUGCUGAACACGAGGACAGAGGAAAUACACAGUGAAUAGUGUUUUCAUUCAGGAAAUACAGACAGACAGAGUCCCCCCAUUGAAUGUCAUGAUAAGCUAGUCUGAUUACAGGAUGGAUAGAUGGCUCUGGCAUCGGCCGGCUGGCCUGACACUGGAGAUCAGAGUAUUACUCUGGCAUCGGCUGACUGGUCUGACACUGGGGAGCAGAGAAUUAGUCAUGCUGGAUAAAUCAGGCAAGAUUAAUCAAUAAGGACAGCACGGCACUGAGCAGCCAGCUGAGACUAGACACACUGAUGAGAGAGAGAGAGAGAGAGAGAGCGAGAGAGAGAGAGAGAGAGAGAGAGAGAGAGAGAGAGAGAGAGAGAGAGAGAGAGAGAGAGAGAGAGAGAGAGAGAGAGAGAGAGAGAGAGAGAGAGAGAGAGAGAGAGAGAGAGAGAGAGAGAGAGACAGAGAGACAGAUUUAUGAAUUGCGUAUGUGAUAUAACAGUGGAAGUACGGACACAUUGUGGUAUAAUAUGGAUUUAUGACCAACAGAUAUCUACAGAAAUGUAAUACAUGAAUAGAAUAUAUGAACAGAAAUACAGUAUGUUUAAGCGCAUGUGUGUGUGUGUGUGUGUGUGUGUGUGUGUGUGUGUGUGUGUGUGUGUGUGUGUGUGUGUGUGUGUGUGAAUAUGUGUGAUGUGUGUGUGUGUGUGUGUGUGUGUGUGUGUGUGUGUGUGUGUGUGUGUGUGUGUGUGUGUGUGUGUGUGUGUGUGUGUGUGUG